AUGGCAGAAGAACAACAUAAGGGUGUGGUUAGUAGCAACAUGGAAGUCAUAGCUGCUAUUCAAGAUAUGGCAAGUGCAAUAAGGGAAAAUCACAAUGGUAAUCAUCAAGAAGGUAAUGAAGAACGAGUUAUGAGAAUACAAGGUGAAUUUCGUAAGGCCCGACCUCCUAUAUUCAAGGGUACCUUAGAUCCCAUGAUAGCUGAAGAAUGGUUGAGACAAAUGAAGAGAACCCUGAAUAAUCAAAAAGUGCCGGAAGAUUUGAAAGUAAUUAUUUCAAGUACUUACUUGGAAGGUGCAGCUUAUCACUGGUGGGAAUCAGUUCUUGCUACUCCAGACACUGAAAUUACAACCUGGGAUGCAUUUGAAGUUAUUUUUCUUGAGAAAUAUUUCCCAGACACAGUAAAGCAAGCCAAGGCAAAAGAGUUUAUGUUUCUAUCUAAAGGGGAAAUGACAGUAGCUGAAUACCAAGGUAGAUUUGAGGAACUUAUGCGGUUUGCUCCAGGUAUUAUUCCCAAUGAGGCUGCCAAAGCAAAGAAAUUUGAGGAAGGACUUAAUCCUAAGAUUAGGGAGAAAGUAUCAAUUCUAAAGUUAUUGAAAUAUUCAGAAGUGGUAGACCGAGCACUUAUUGUUGAACGUAGUAUUCAAGAAACAAAAAGGGUUUGGAAUUCUGGGAGUACUAGUGGACAGUUCAAACGCCAGAAUUUUGGACCUUCCAGAAAUAAUUUCCAGAGAUCAUACAAAUCUUUUGGGACAUCUCCAUAUACAAAAUUCUGUUACUACUGCUGA